CGCUGCCGGUGCCGGCCCCGUGGCGGAGCCGGGGUCCCUCCAUGCCGCCAUGGCCCCCCGCGCCCCCCGCGCCCCCCGCGCCCUGGCCCUGCUGCUGGCGAUCGGCGCCCUCGCAUCCGCGUGGUCUCCCCAAAACUCCAGCGAUGGCGAGGGGAGAGCCUGGGAGGGCUCGUUGGAGAGCAGCCCCCCGAAAUGGGACCUGGCGAGCGGAGACCCGCCGGGGGCACCCAGCAACAGCACCGGCGCCGGGGGGGCGGCGGCAGGACCCCAGCUGGAGCCCCCCGGGGGGGACACGGCCACCACGGAGCCGUCGGCCACGCCCGAGGGGUGCCCGGGGUGCGGCGGGGAGGGCGAGGCCAGCGCCGUGCCCCCCCGAGCCGUGACCCGGCCCGGGGACGGGGGCACGGCGCCGGCGGCCCCGGGCGGCCCCGAGGAGCCGGGGAGCGGUGAUCGGCCCACGGCGGCCGGCCCGGGGGGCUUCGGGGGGCUCCCGGCCGCCCCGCCCGGCGCCCCCGGCCCCCGGCUCGCCGCCGACUCCGCCCAAUCCCACCCGCCGCCGGCUGCCGGGACCCCCGCGCCGGGCGAGCCCGGCCCCGCGCCCGCAGCCGGGGGGGACUCGGGGGGUCUCCCGGAGCUCCGGGCCGCCUCCUCCAGCCCGGCCCCGGCGCAGGGGGCCCGCGGCUGGACCGACCUGACGUGGCUGCGGGAGCCCGUCACCGCCGCCACGGGCCCGGCCGAGCCCCCGGCCGAGCGCACGGGCUCGGAGAUCAUCGACGUCGACUACUACGACCUGUUCGAGGGGGGCGAGGGACUGGGGGGCUUCCCCGGGGGCGGCCGGGGCGCGGCCGGCUCGGCGCGGCGGCGGGAGCCCGAGGGGGCGGCCACGCCCUGGGCCCUCCACGAGCUCUACGACGACUUCACGCCCUUCGACGACGCGGAUUUCUACCCCACCACCUCCUUCUACGCCGACGGGGACGACGAGGACGAGCUGGACGACGAGGAGGAAGAGGAGGAGGAGGAAGACGGCGGGCUGGAGGACGAGAACGGCUACCGGCCGCCCGCCUCGGCCCCGCCGGAGCCCCGGCCCACCGGGCACCGCGCCGCCGCCGCCCCGCCGCCGCCGCCCGGGCUGUCCGGGGGCGGCCCCACGGCCUGGCCGCGGCCCGGGGAGCGGGGCCCGCCCGACAACGGCUCCGAGUGCCGGAGCGGCUACGUGCGGCACAACAGCUCCUGCCGCUCCCUCUGCGACCUCGUCCCCAGCUACUGCCACAACGGCGGCCAGUGCUACCUGGUGGAGAGCCACGGCGCCUUCUGCAGGUGCAACACGCAGGACUACACGUGGCACAAGGGCACGCGCUGCGAGUCCAUCGUCACCGACUUCCAGGUGAUGUGCGUGGCCGUGGGCUCGGCCGCGCUCGUGGUGCUGCUGCUCUUCAUGCUCACCGUGUUCUUCGCCAAGAAGCUCUACCUGCUCAAGACGGAGAACAGCAAACUGCGCAAGACCAAAUACCGCACCCCGUCCGAGCUGCACAACGACAACUUCUCCCUCUCCACCAUCGCCGAGGGCUCCCACCCAAACGACGAUGCCAGCGCUCCCCACAAGCUGCAGGACUCGCUGAAAUCCUGCCUGAAGGACGAGGAGCCCUUCAACAUCCACAACUCGACGUCGCCCAAGCACGAGGGCGGCAAAGGGGAGCAGGACGUGGGGGAGCUGAACUGCCUCCAGAACAACCUGACGUGAGCGGCGGGCUCCUCCCGCACCCACCGCCGCCUCCCCCCGCCGCCGUCCCUCCCUCUCCCGCUCCGUGGCAUGCUUUGGUGUGUUUUGUACAGAGGAAAACAAACAAACAAAAAAGUAAUCCCAGUCAUGAUUCGGCCGUGUCGUGGGGGUGUUUGGUUCGUGCUCCGUGUUUCUCGCUUGGGUUCGUUCCGCGCUGUGAUUUCUAAACCUUCGCCGUUCCGCAACUGACUUUUUUUGUACUUUCGCCCCACUUUUUUUGAAAUACAGGUAAAAACAACAAAAAAGGAGGAAAAGAACAAAAGAAAAAG